AUGGACAAGCUGCAGCCGCUCGACGGCGUCUUAGACACGCACGUGCACGAGCUGUCGGCGCUCCUUGCGUCCGAUCACGUACAGUACGUCCAGCUCUGCCACAAGGUUUUCUUGGACAGCUUUUUUCCGCUCACAGACGCGGAGAUCUGCGCGCUUGAAGGCAAUGGGAACUCAGCUGAAGACUGGAAAAAGGUGCGGAAAACGACCGAGAGUGCGUCACUGCAGACGUCGCGCAUCCGGCAGUGCGCGUUUUCCGGAAAAGUGGUGCUUGGCAGCUUCUCCUCGGCCUUCACUCACAACGUGGAUGGAGUGCCGUUCCCUUGUGGCUUGUACAACUCGGUGCUGAGUCACGUCGUUGUUCUUAACGAUGCACUCGUGAAGGACACGCUCGUGCUUAGGGAUGUGCUUGUGGAUACGCGAGCGUCUGUCAUCAAGUGCGGUAGUGUCACAGGUCCAGACGCAGAAAACGGAGCAGCACCUGAGUCAAAAGAAUCAGCAGCUAACGGCAUGUUGCUGCAUGUGGGAAACGAGACAGGCGGUCGCUGUUUUCGUGUCGUGGCAGAUUUGCCGUUUGCUCUAGGGGCUGCGCUUGCAACAAACAUGAGGCAAAAUGCCGCUUUCGUGGCAACGUAUGAGGCAUUUGUCGACGAGUAUGUGUCAAAGGUAAAAGUGCCGAUGGCGAUCGUGGCACCGCACGCUCGUGUCUGGGGCUGUUUCCGUGUGCAAGGGACUUUUGUUGGACAUUUGGCAGUCGUUGAAGACUGCGAUGUUGUCAACUCGACGAUCUUGUCGACUGCAGAAGAACCGUCUAUCGUUCGAAGCAAAAGCAGUGUCCGUGGGUCGAUCAUACAGUGGCACUCGACUGUUGAGACGCUCAGUGUGGUCGAAGGAUCGUUUUUGUGCGAUACAUCGCAUGUCAAGCGCCAUGGGGUCGUCAUGAGCUCUGUCAUUGGACCAAAUACGUCAAUCGCUGCAGGAGAAGUGACGUCUAGUUUUGUGGGACCGUUUGUGGGGUUUCACCAUCAGGCGCUUUUGAUUGCCUCGAUCUGGCCAAAAGGCAAAGGAAACAUUGGAUAUGGAGCUAACGUUGGUAGCAAUCAUACUUUGAGAGCGCCUGACCAAGAGAUUUUUCAUGGUGAGGGGGUGUUUUUUGGACUAGGGUGCAAUAUCAAGUUCCCCUCCAAUUACGUAAAGGCGCCGUAUUCUGCUAUCGCAACUGCGGUCAACACACUACCACAGCUAGUGACGAUGCCGUUUGCGCUAAUUAGCACACCAGGUCAUAACAUUUCAUCGCUUUCUCCAGCUAUCAAUGAGAUCUCGCCAGGUUGGGUGCUCUCCAAUAGCGUGUUCACUGUGCUCCGAAAUGAAGACAAAUUUCAUUCGCGCAACAAGUCAACGCGUACGCUCAUUGAAGCCGACAUCUUUCGCCCGGAAAUUGUGCAGCACAUGAAAGAUGCCCGUAUGGAGCUCAUAACCGCAGAAGGCGAAGCAGAACUGAGCCUUGCAGAUGGAGAAGCUGUGUACACUGACAAGCAAGCUCGAGGGCUUGGUAAGAACUAUAUGCGUGAGACGUCCCGCCUAGCGGGAAUCGCGGCAUACGCAUUCUUCAUCAAGCUUUACGCUCUUGAGGCGCUGUUGAAAUAUGUUGAAGAUGGUUGCGUGAGCGCUGGCGGUACCGUUGGAUCGGUGGACAGCAGCUCUCGAUAUGAUCUAGCUACGCUAUCAGAAGAAUAUGACCGAGACAGUCGUAUUCGUGACUGUCUACACGAUCUCGUUUCGAUGAAGACCGAGGUGGCUAAAAUGGCUGCGGAUAGUAAGAAGCGCGACGAUGCUCGCGGUCGGCGAAUCACUCCCGACUAUUCGGACGUGCACAAGCCGGUAGCGAGUGAUCCUGUGGUUCUACGUGCUCAGAGGACUGCAAAAGAUAUCGAGCAGCGAGUAGCUCGUACCCGAUUUAUUAUCUAG